AGUUGUGUCUCUCUUGUCCCUAAUCUCACUCUCUUUCGCUUUCUCGUAUGGUGUUCUUGUUCCAAUUCCUGUUCCUGUUCUGGAAUUGUCAUCUUCACCUUCACCACUGAACUGAACUGAACUCUCCAAUAAUGGCAUCCAACAACAACCACGUGGAGGAACAGAACGGUUCCGCUCUUUCUCACAUAACCAAAAAGCCAAAACUGUCUAUCAUCACUCCAUCGGAGAUUGAAUCGGAGUUUUCUCACCAUGACCUCUCCGUUGCUCGGAUUAACAACGGAAGCUUCGGUUGCUGCCCCGCCUCCGUCAUCGCCGGCCAACAACAGUGGCAGCUGAAGUUUCUCCGGCAACCCGACCAUUUCUACUUCAACGAACUCAAACGAGGGAUUCUUCAAUCCAGAACCAUAAUCAAGGAAAUGGUCAACGCUCAACACGUGGAUGAGAUCUCCAUCGUCGACAACGCCACCACCGCUGCCGCCAUCGUUCUUCAGCACACCGCUUGGGCCUUCCGAGAAGGAACAUUCCAGAAAGGUGAUGUUGUCCUCAUGCUUCAUUACGCUUAUGGUGCUGUCAAGAAGUCCAUUGAGGCCUAUGUGACGCGUGCUGGAGGUAAAGUUGUUGAAGUUCCUCUCCCUUUUCCUGUGAGUUCUAACGAUGAGAUUAUUACUGAGUUUAGGAAGGCAUUGGAGAGUGGAAAGGGUGAUGGUAAGAGGGUUAGGCUAGCUGUGAUUGAUCAUGUUACUUCCAUGCCUAGCGUUGUUAUUCCUGUGAAGGAAUUGAUUCAGAUUUGCAGGGAGGAAGGGGUUGACCAGGUUUUUGUGGAUGCUGCUCAUUCUAUUGGGUGUACUGAUGUUGAUAUGAAAGAGAUUGGUGCUGAUUUUUACACCAGCAAUUUGCAUAAGUGGUUCUUUUGCCCACCUUCCAUUGCAUUCUUGUACAGUCGCAAGUGUUCUGAUUUGCAUCAUCCUGUGGUGUCUCAUGAGUAUGGCAAUGGGUUGGCUGUAGAAAGUGCUUGGAUUGGGACAAGGGAUUAUAGUGCUCAGUUGGUUGUUCCUGCGGCUUUGGAAUUCGUUAAUAGAUUCGAAGGUGGUAUUGAAGGGAUCAAGAGGAGGAAUCAUGAUGCUGUUGUGGAGAUGGGACAAAUGCUGUCCGAAGCUUGGGAAACUCAUCUUGGGACACCUCGACAUAUGUGUUCUAGCAUGAUCAUGGUUGGUUUGCCUGCUUCUUUGGGGAUUGCUAGUGAUUCUGAUGCUCUCAAGUUAAGGACACAUUUGAGGGAUGCUUUUGGAGUUGAAGUCCCCAUAUACUAUCGACCUCCCAGAGAUGGGGAAGUUGGGCCACUAACUGGAUAUGCACGAAUUUCUCAUCAAGUCUACAACAAAGUUGAUGACUAUUACAAGUUCAGGGAUGGAGUUAACCAACUUGUCCAAAGUGGCUUCACUUGUACUCUUCUUUCGGAAUGAAGAGUUGAGAGGUGUUGGUGUCGUCUUUAUGAUGAAUAAUAGCAACGGUUCUGUGGUUGCUUGCAAACUUGACUAGUUCUGAUGGUUUCGGUACCAUGAACUGCAGGUUUUACCGAGAAACUACAGCAAUUGCUCAUUUUAGCUUUGCUGAGCAGAAUUCCCUAGGAUUAACUUCAGUGUUGUUGAGAUCUAUGGACUUAUUCUUGUAAAUAUAAUCGUGAUUCUCUGCCGGUUUAAUGCUUUUAGCCUUCAUUGCACCAAUUGAUGUUAUACUUUAUAUCAAAUUUUACAAUAACCUUGAAGUUUGACAUUUCAACUGUUUGUCUUUGUGAGAAUGGAUUUGUAUAGGCUGUAUAUAUUAUAGUACCACAUUGUGUAAAUAGGGUCCAAGAAUUCAAGUUGGUAC